CGUAAAGGCAACACCCGUAGAAGAGAACUGCCACAACACAAGAGACCGCGGCUGCACCUCGGGUUAGUGGAGAGCCAUGGGAGGCCUUGGGAACGGUCGUCGUGGGGGCAGGUCCCCCCCUUUGUUGAUCGCUGCUCUCAUCGCCUGCAUUUUGGUCUUGGGUUUUAACUACUGGGUCUCCAGCUCCCGGAACCUGGAGCUACAGACAAAGUUAUACGAGCUGGAGGGGCAGGUGCGGCGUGGGGCAGCGGAGCGAGGAGUGGUGGAAAUGAAGAAAACAGAAUUCCAAGAAGAAAUCCAACGACAGAAAGAGCAGAUCAGUCACAUCGAAAACCUGUACAAGAAACAGCUAGAAGGAGCCCAAAGCACCUGCAGCCGAGAGAAGGUUGUACUGCAACAAAACAUUUCAUCCAGUACAAAAACGAUACAAGAACUCAAAGGUCAGUUAAAUCAGCUGAAUGAUAACGUGGGGCAGUUACAGAAGGAGCUGGAGAGCUGUCGGGGCACCAUCCAAACUCUCAACAACAAACUCACCUACGACAUGACUCACUGUAAUGCACAAGUCCUGUCUCAGAAGGAGCUGUGUGACGAAAGAGUGGCAGCCGCGAAACUCGAGGCUCAGAAGAAAAUAGAGAAACUGAUUGCUUCAUCACAGGCUAAUAAUGUUGAUGCGGUUAAAGUGUCAAAUGAAACUACGAAGAUGUCUCCCGUGGAGCACACGCCGAGUCCCUCACAGCCCAAAGACCAGCCCAAAGACCAGCCCUCCGAACUGCUCAGCAACAACAUCCUGGAGACUAACGAAGUAGCAGCGGGUAACUCAUCAGACCAGGGCCUGUCCAAACAAGACCCUCUCGCUGUUCCGACCUCUUUAGCAGUGAAGCAGGACCUUCUUCCACCACCAGGGGGCGCUGAGAACAUUAAACAACUGAACACGACAGACGACAAAGACAUGGAGCUCAUGGAUACUAAAGAUGAGUCUCACACAGAAGAUCCCGGGAUGGAGGACCUGAUGUUGUCAGAGGGAAAAGCAGAAGAAGACGUCGCUCAGAAAGUCGACCUGCAGGACGAGUACGACACUGAAGACCAGGAGGUGGUGCCAGAGAAACCGAAAGCCGACAAACGGGAAAACCUAGACCAAGAGGAGGAGGACCUGGCCGACUACAACGGAGACGAUGAAAACGAAGGAGAAUUUGAGGCCGACAAACAGGCGGCGCUUGCUCAGAUGUAAGGUCACAACAAAAAGGUUUCUGUGUACGGCCUGUGUGCCCUGAACCCAGAGGACUCCUAUGACUUGACUUUAGGAUUUCAACUCAAUACGGCUUCUUCAAAACAAUCACUAAAGAUCAAAAUUUCCGCGCUAUUUAUUUAUAAACCAGUGCUUGUCUGCGAUCAGUGGAGAAUUACAAUCUGUUCUUGCUUAUUUACUCCAUUCAAUAAUGUUUACAUGUGGGUAGAUGUGAGAUUUUUUUCAUCUGCUGUAAAUUAAAAGGUCUAUAUUACACUGUACGCGAUUUCUGAUCCAUGUUAUAAUGUCGUUUCCUCAUCGUAAACAGACCUGGAGUUGUAUUUUGUUUCAUUCACACGUGUUUAAAUGAGUUCUUCUCUCAAACAGUUCCACCUUGUGAUGUCAUGUGGUAAUAAAAGAAGUGCUCCACCGUGUUUUAAACGAAUUCAUACACCUUCACUGGAAAGAUCUGGAUUAUUUCAGUAGGAGUGCCGAUCUUUGCUGAACUAAACGUAAAAGCAAACUAUUCAUGACAUCACAAGGUGGAAGGGAGCAUUUUUUUGAGCUUUGGAGAUGUAGACAAAUAUGUGUGAAUGAAACAAAACACAGGUCUAAGUUUGAUGAGGUAACUAAAUCCAUGUUUCAUUCGUUGAUUUGUUUUUCGAUAUAAAAUCAAAAAUACGAAAACGAAAAAAUGACUAUUUUCUUCAUUAUUUGUCUCCAAAACCAAAAUGAAGAAAAUUGGAAACGAUUAGUUUUUUCGGUUUUUGAUUUUGUGUUUCCGUUAUAUUUCGUGACUUAAACUGCGAUGCAAGACUGAACCAAGGCUGAACCAAGGCUGAACCAAGGACUGAACCAGGACUGAACCAGGACUGAACCAGGACUGAACCAGGACUGAACCAGGACUGAGCCAGGACUGAACUAAGAGUAUCGGAACAGGCCUGGAGGUGCACCCGCGUAGACUGUCGGGUGAUCGGGACUGAGACCGGGACCAGGACCAGGACUGAGCCCAGUUUAGUCCUGGUUUAGUCCUGAUUUAGACCUGGUUUAGACCUGGUUUAGACCUGGUUUAGUCCUGUUUCAGUCCUGAUUUAGUCCUGGUUUAGUCCUGGUUCACUCCGCCAUCGCAGUUUAAGUCACGUAAACAGAAAACAGUUGUUAUCCGUUUUUUCAUUUUGGUUUUGGAGACAAAUAAUGAAGAAAAUCUUUUUUUUUUUAAGUUUUCUUUUUUUUUUGGUUUUAUUUUGAAAAACGAAUGAACGAACGACACACGGAUUUAACUACUUUAUAACAUGGAUAUAAUAAAUUUUGUGUAAUACAGGACCUUUUUAAAUGUUCAUAAUAUAAAAAAAUGACAAAGAAAUUAACAAAAAAAAAAAAAAAUCAUGUUUUUUUUUUUUACUUGUAAAAUGGGUAGUUUCUUGACAUUUUAUUUCAUAUCGAUUCUUUUAAAGGCGCCCUGUGUAACUUUACUGGUCGAGGCUACGCCCACCUUGUUUUCUCCAUGGAGACGUCACUGCUUUGCCUCGAAUGUUCCACAGUAUUAAACUUUUCUGUCUCCAUGAAAACGAAUUGAACUUACAGGUCAAAUCUGUGCAACCUCACUCAUGUUUUUAACCAGUAAAACGUGUAAUUGAAUAUGUGAAAAAUCGAUAUAUUUCAUGCCGUACUGUGCAACAAUUCGGGCAAAGCAACAACGUCUCCAUGGAAACAAACAGUUGGCCAACCCUUCACGAGAAAUGUUACACAGUGCACUUUUUAUUUAAUUAUUUUAUUCAGCUAAUUUCGAGCCAGUACAGUUUUUGGUCUGAUGUUUUUUAAAAGAUGCCUUAUAGGUUACGUAGUCGUGUAGGGGUGGGCAAAUUAAUGUUUUUAUUGUAAUUUAAAUUUUUGCUUCUGCAGAAAAUUAUCUAAAAAAGUGUUAAAAUGUGCCUCUGAAGGUCUCGCCUUAGGUUCAAAUCUUGCGCACUGACUGGACUGUGAAAUUAAAACACAAAAACACUGAAAAUAUAACAAAAAAAAUUACAGGUUUCAAGUACUACAAGUUUCUUUUCUUCAACUCAUUUCGCAUCGUUUUAAAGGUUCACUAUGUCAUUUUCUGAUGGGUGUCGACCACCUGCUCGUCUCCGUGGAGAUGUUAAUGCUUCAGGGUUCCCACAGUCAUGGAAAUCCUGGAAAAGUCCUAAAAUUUUGUAAAUUCAAUGAAAGUUUUGGAAAAGCCAUGGAAUUUUAGUAUCCCUUUCACGCAACUACAAGUUCUCAUGAGACUAUUACGAUUAUUUCCGAACGUCUGCGCUUUUUGUUCUAAAAGAGACGACAAUAAAUGCACUGACAGGAUUUUGAAUGUUAAAAAACUAUAACACCAAACCAUAAGGUGAGUGGAAAGAGUUAACACUACAUUUUCAGCUCUAAAAGUCUGAUGCAGGUGCUGUAAAGUCAUGGAAAAUUCACUUUAGGUCAUGAAAAAGUCAUGGAAAAGUUUUGAAGUUUUGUCAGCGAAAAAGAGUGGGAACCCUGAUGCUUUGCCUGGCGUUUUCCACAGUGUGGCAUUUAACUUGCAUUUAUUCAUGUACAGCUGGUUUUGGCGCUGUCUUCCUACCGAAGGAGGCAGGACAACAGCGCCAUCUGCAGUCCGACUUCCUCAGGACAAUAUCAAAGGUGUGUGAGAAUAAAAAAGCCCCCUCGUCCCGGUUUAUAGUCCCGUGGGCAUGUUUCCGUACUUCACACACCUGGGAUACUGUCCUGAAGAAGUCGGACUGCGGGAUGGCGCUGUCGUUCUGCUUCCUCCGGUAGGAAGACGGCACCAAAACCUGUUUAAAUCAGCUGAGCGACACGUCACAGCAACAUCAUGUGACUCUGAGGAAGACGGCGAGUGAGCAGUCGAAAUUGUCAGAUACGAAAACAAACUCUUGGUCUGAAAAAAUAACCUAAUAACAUAAAUGAUCGGAAGACCAAAUGAACCUCAUUAGACUAUUGCCCUUAUUAGUUUAUCACCUACCGUGUUUUCCGCACUAUUAGGCGCUCUGGAUUAUAAGACGCACUGUCAUUAAAUGGUCUAUUUUCGAACUUUUUUCACAAAUAAACCACACCGGACUUUGAAGGAAACACAACAGUUGGAUGGGUGAGUUUGUGGCGUUCACGGUGACUCUGGGCUUUGUUCAGUUGUGGCGUGUAGGGAGGGUGCUGUCUGGGACCAACGGAUUGUCGGCGUGUUCGCAGUGACUCAGUUGUUCAGCGCAAUAACAUCUCCAUGGAGACGAGCAGACCCUCACCACAAAAGUCGCAUAGUGCCCUUUUAAUAUUAGACGUUUUUCAUUUUCCUGAUCAUCAAAACAACAAUCUGAAGUGAACUUGCUGUCGAUAUUUUGCCCAUCUCUGUAAGACUGUACAAAACUACACAAGAAUAACUGUUUUAUGCUUAAAAAUGUCAUGUUAAUUUUAGGAGACAGGUGGCGAUGUCUGCCCUGCUGUUUUGUAAAGAUACAGUUUGCAGGGAACGUGGCUCUGAGCUGUUUUUAUGCUGUAAAAUUAUGAAGGAUCUUUCCUGAAACGUGCAAUGGCGUCCUGAGGUUUGUGAACCGCUUCGGGAAUAUUUAAACUUGACUUAGGCCUGUCACGAUAAUCACAAAAUCUACUUAUUAUUCUGGACACCGGUGGAUAGUACUCAGUUAUGUUUACCUGUGUAACUUUUUCACAGUACGUUUUAGAAGCAUACUUUUACUCCUACUUGGGUAAUAUUUUUAUUGAAGUAACGGUUCUCUUACUUGAGUAAAAGUUGUGGUUCCUCUUCUCACUGUGAGUAAGUCUAAAGCAGGGGUCUCCAACCUGUAGUUCAGGAGCUACCAGUGUAAAUCUAUUAUUUUUAGUCUAAUUAUGUGCACCAAUUGAUGGAUAUAAUGGUUUAUUUUUUAAAGGAAUUUAACUUUACUUCAUCUAAGGCUUAACAUGGCUCAAAAUUUCUUGUAUUGAGAUGCCAACAUUUGUGGCUCUAUCUCAAUUUUGUUUUGUAAAUGUUGCUCACCGGUGGAAAAAAGUUGGAGACCCCGGUCUAAAAUGACAAAAGCUUCACGUUGAGAAUAUGAAAUCAUCUGAACAUUUGUGUUUCAUGUGUAAAAUCUCUCAAUCGUCCAGGUAGAAUUCAUGGCAAAGGAGAAAAUCAAUUUGAUUUAGUUUAUUUUAAUCUUCAAUUCAAUUUGGUUUAGUUUAUUUAAAUUUUCAAUUCAAUUUGGUUUAGUUUAUUUUCAUUUUCAUUUCAAUUUGGUUUAGUUUAUUUUCAUUUUCAUUUCAAUUUGGUUUAGUUUAUUUUCAUUUUCAUUUCAAUUUGGUUUUGUUAAUUUUAAUCUUCAAUUCAAUUUGGUUUAGUUCAUUUUAAUCUUCAAUUCAAUUUGGUUUAGUUAAUUUUAAUUUUCAAUUCAAUUUGGUUUAGUUUAGUUUAUUAAGUUUAUUUGGUGAAUACGUUUCGCAGCUGCUUCUUCAGUUCGGAUUCAAACCAAAUAAACUUUUGUCCAGUUGCCAAGUUGAAUUUCGGGCGGCGGCAGUAGCUCAGUCGCCCAUUCGCCCACUGAUCUGACGGUCGGCGGUUUGAAUCCCGCUCUCGACAUAAAGCGGGCAGAUCCACCGACCCACAGGUUGGCGGCGCGAUUCCAGCUCCCACAGAUGAAUGCUGUCGUUGUGUCCUUGAGCAAGACACUUAACCCCACCUCGCCCCCAGUGUCUGCGUACGCUGGUGGGUGAAUGUGUGAGCGGUUCCUUGUUGUAAAGCGCUUCGAGAAAAAAUUGGAAAAGUGCUAUAGAAAAAUAUGACCAUUCACCAUUCUCCGUUUGCGUUUCUUGCACCGUUCUUUGAGAUAUGAUUUAGUUUCUCGUUUCUGAGUUAAAAAAUGUAUUUAAACAACACAUUUUUAGGAGCCUGUGAUUGAUGCGAGUGUUCAAAUUCCAAAAAGGUGAAAGCACUGAACUGAAAAACUGUUCUCUAAAGCCUGUUUGUGACUAUGUUAUUUGAGAUGGACUUGUUUAACGGCACAAAUCCUCUCUCUUGUUGUAGCUCCAACGAAGUCAGUUUUUUCUUUUUGACCGUGUUAAAACAAAACUCAGAUUAAAUUCUAACUUGAGUAACAGAGCUUCAGACCCCACACCCCCGGGGGAACGUCGAUGCCAUCAGCUGCAAAAGGCUCAUUUAUCGCAAUGUAUCGUUCUUUAAAAUGUGUUAUCGUGACGGGCCUAAACUUGACUGAAGUGUUUGUGGCCGGUGAGGAGCGAGGUAUCGGGAUUUUCAGUUCAAAUGCUGCAUCUGCCUUUUGUUUAGGGUCGUUUUGUCCUGAUACGAGCUUUCACUGGACGGUUUUUGUGUUGGGAAGUGCAUAUGACAGGUUAGACUAAUAAUCUCACCGCUUAUUUUGUUCAGUAUAUUUAACAUUUUACUAGUCGUUGCCUUUUUUGUGUGUGUGUGAAGUUUAUAAACGCCUGGUUGGACAUAUCGAGAAACCAUAAUGUUAACAAGGACCAAGGUUUUUAAAUUGCACAAUAGUUAGAAUUAGAUUAGAACAACUACAUUUCAACACCUCUGUUUUGUUAGAUCAAUGUUUUCCUUGGAUGUAACUUGUCUCUGCAUUUUUGGAUAGAUUUUUAAUUUAAUUUUUUGUUUUUAACUCUUAACUCUUUCAAAGUAAUAAUUAGAAAAACCUGUCAUAUGCACUUUAAGCUGCCUUUAAAUGUCCUCGAAUAUAAUCUAGCUAGCUAUGUUUUUUUUUUCUGUACAUUUUGAUAAUUUAACUUGAUUUGAAAUUGUGUUUUCAUCAUGAGUUUGGUCUACAAAGCGACGUCUGAAACUGCAGCUUGUCAUGUUCUGUGUAA